AUGCCAGCUUUACAGAAGUUUCAUGCCAAUGUGGCACGUCAUGUCAAACUGAUGGAUAAGAACAUCUGUGCCAACGUCAUAAGACAUGAAUCAAUUGUUACUACCAGGGCCAAAGCUAAAAGAGUGCAACCAAAAUUAGAACGAUUUUUAACCAAAACUUUAAGAGAAAAUGAAUCGUUGGAGAAUAAGUUGGAUAACAAACAUUUAAGAUUUUUACAACCUCCUGAUGUCAAAACCUUGGGAAACAAGAUAGUGGAUGAAUUAAGUGAUAGAUAUCAAGGAAGAAAUGCAGGUUAUACCAGAUUAAUAAGGUUAGAACCAAGAUUGGGUGAAGAUAAAGCACCUAUGGCAGUUCUCGAGUUAGUAGAUUCUAAUUUCGAUAUCAAAUUCUGGUAUACUGCUAAGAUAGUCGCCAGAUUACAAUUACAAAACUUACCUUUAGAUAAAUUAACCAAAUACGAAGUCAGCAAGUUGAUAAAAUUCAGAAAGAAUGGUCAAGAAAAGUUUGAUGAAGCCGUUGAAACUGCAAAGAAAGAAUUCUUCAAAUACAACGCUGAAACUGGAGAAAUUGAAGACGAAGCUAUCAAACAAAACUUAAAGAAUAAACCAAGAGACCAUGGAAUAAACUUCCAAAAAUCCAAGAAAUUCCACACCAAAGAAAGAUUCGACAAGCAAUCAGUCGAAUUACCACAAUCUCCAUUUUUAGCUUAG